AUGUCUUCAAUCAUAAAAAUCCAUCAAUCUACUUUCAAUGAACAGUAUUCACUAUUAUCAUCUCUUCUUCAGCAUCUUAUAACUCUGAUUCAAUUUUCUAACAGUGAUGUUUUAAAUACAAUAAAGAAAAAUAAGAACUUUCUAUAUGCUCUUGAAAACUUAUGCCUCUCAAAAAAUAAUAAUAUUUGUUUUCUUGCAAUCAAUACUGUAAUACAAUUAUGUCAGCUUGAACAAGAAGAAACUAAUAUGGAGCACAAACUUCUAUAUUCAAUAACAUUAAAAUGUGAAUAUAUUUUAAACGCCAUGACUAGACUGUGUCAAAAUUGCAAAAUAUCAUCUAUUACAUUAUUUAAAAUUAUUUUAAAAUAUUACGAAGAAGGUAUCUGUAAAUCGGUUGAAUUUACUGAAGCACCAAGUGUUGAUUUUUUAAAAACCAUUUUUAUGCAAUUAAAAACCAUUAUAUCUCAAGAAUUGGAUUGGGUGUCUGACCAGGCUUGGGAGUGCAUAACUAUAAUACUGUCAACAAAACUUUUAAAACAUUUACAGGAAUUAACAUAUCUUAAAAUUGAGUUCGCCACCGAUCCUUGGCUUAAUUUUAUACUUGUAAAUUCGAAAUCCUUUAGUGAAAAAUGUUUAGAAUUUUUAUAUAUUUGGUUAAAACAUUUUGUAACAAAUGAUGAAAAUAAUUUCACAAUACGUGGAUCAAAAGUCUUAUGCCCAAGUCUCUUUGAUAGUACUAUAGUUCAUAUUUCAGUAACAUUAGUCAACCAAGUUUAUGAAAGAAGUGAAUUGAUAUCAAAAGCUAAAUUUAUUAUACAAUUGAUAUUGGAAAACAAAUUCUCAUUACCUAAUGAACUAGAGGGUAAAAUGAACGUAUUUUUAAAUUAA